GGCUGACGCUAGUAACUUGUUAGUUGUCCUUUUCUCGAGUGUGGCAGGUUGCUGAGGCCGAAGGGUUGAGCGCCUCUCUUCUCUCGCUGAUACGGAGACCGCAUGUGCGAUAAGACAGACGGUCUGAGAUUUCCCCAAUCGAAUCGCUGUUUAGAUAAUCGGCUAGAGAGGACGUGUACCGUUCGACCCACGGCCGGCCAGUCUGCCACGAUCCGAAUUCCGACCUGGAUUUCUCUACGAUCGAAUUAGCAGACUCCAUUGCGCUUGUCACUGUCCCAGCUUUCAAGCUUGCAAGAAAUGGCUCUGUUUAAAUUUUCCAAGUCAUUGACAUCACUGAGCUUAGUUAGUCCGAGACAGCCCGCCUUCGGUCUCAAGCUGGUCGGUGCCAUGAGUGGGAACGUCAGCGUGCGGCAUAGCAGCGGCAAAAGCAAGGGAGGCGACCGCAUCAAGGACCUUCACAUCAACCAGCUCACCCAGAAUUUGCAUCUGUUCACGACAAGCAGCACAAGGAGGUCUCUGGAAUAUGGCAGUGGGACGCCAGCAGCGCCAGGGUUGUCCAAGUCGCUCAAGCUGAAGCAGGGUGACAACUCGCAGCAGCCGCUGGUCAUCAUGCUGCCGUGGCUGAUGAGCCAGAACAAGCACAUCGCUAAAUACGCCAACUUCUACCUGAAGAUCGGAUUUGAAGUGCUCGCGUGUCGCAUUACACCUUGGCAAUUGCUUUGGCCCGCCAAGGGCAGUCAGGUGGUAGCCAACGACCUGCUGCACUUCCUGGACGCCAACACUCGCGAACGUCCAAUGCUGAUCCAUGGCUUCUCCGUCGGCGGCUACCUUUGGGGCGAAUUGCUCUCUUUGGUGCAGAAGGACGAGGCCAGGUACAAGCCGAUGCUCUCUAACAUCGUGGGCCACAUUUGGGACAGCGCUGCUGACAUGCAGGACAUACCAGAUGGCCUGCCAAGUGCCGUGUUUCCAAGAAAUAUGAUGCUGCAGACCGCCUUCCGCAAAUAUGUUCGGUACCACAUGCGGACCUUCUAUGAGGGUGCCACGCAGCAUUACAUUAGAUCUAGUCAGAUGUACCACAGCUCAAUGGUACGAACUCCAGCCUUAUUCUUGGUGUCCAAGAGAGAUCCAAUCGGCAAGCCGGAGAGCAACAUGAAGGUCGCCGAGAACUGGCAAGCGCUGGGAAUCGAUGUGCGCUUCAAGGUCUGGGACGAUUCGCACCACGUGGGCCACUUCCAGAAAUACCCCGACGAGUACAUCGCGGAGGUAGCUUCAUUUUUGGCCAAAAUUGGUCUGAUGCCCGUCGCCUGCAAAGCCAGGGCCAAAUUGUGAUCAUCCAGUGGUGUACCUGACAUUCCCAUGUAAUUUACUACUUAAUUUGCCAUUUGCCUAAGUUCCCAGUGUACAUAGUCACUAGGUCUUUCAGGCAUUUUGUUUUUUUUUUAUACAAAAUUGAAUUUGUAAAGAAAAUAUCUAGUUUGCAAGUGAAUAAAGCUGUGAAAUAAAAGAUCAGUCACGCCGGAAAGGGAAUUCAACUAAAAGUUGGCUUCUAGUGGUUCUAGACACUCUAAAUUUAUGCAAAUGGCUCUUUCGCGGUCUAUAUCAUUUAAAAAUUACAUCGCCUGCUGGAGUGGCAAAGAGUAAAGAGAACACUGUCUGUAGAUACUCAAGCUUAUCAUUAUUAUAAAAUUUUACAUUUGUUUGUUAUCAAACGAUCGCACCACAUUCUUCUCGAGUAUGUUGAUUCAACGAAACAAUACAUGUUAUGCACGCGCUGUGGAGAUUAGUGGCCAGGUGUGUCUUGAGAGCCCUUAAAAUUUGUAUCAUUGCAUUCACAUUAUCGUCCUAUAUAGAAGCGUAUUUCUCGCUCUUGGAUAUUAACUCUGUUAAUUUCUGCUUGCAUCCUGGAAGAACUGAACUCUCUAUACAACCCAUGUUAUUAGACAGGUGUUGUUUUGUGAUUAAAAAUAAAUCUUUUUGACGUUCAAAA